AUGCAACGGGCCGCAGCGCCCGCGCGCACGGCCGCCCGCGCCACGGCGCCGGCGCGCAGCCCCCUAGUCUCCGUAGUCCCCCCGCGGCCCGCCCGGCGCUUCCCGACCGCCACGUCGCCGCACCUGCCCUCGCUCCCUGCGCGACGCACCACCAGGCAAACGGGGCCGGCGCCGACGCCCCGCGACGUCGCGGCGCAGAGCAGCGCGGCCGCAACGCCCUCGGGCAACCCGGACAGCAGCCCCUCCAUCGCCCAGGCGCUCAAUGCGUUCUGGAAGUUCCUGCGCCCGCACACCAUCCGAGGCACCCUCCUCGGCACAGGCGCGCUCGUGGCCCGCGCGCUGAUGGAGACGCCCAACCUGAUCGACUGGGCCCUGUUGCCGCGCGCGCUGCUCGGCCUCCUCGCCCUGCUGUGCGGCAACGGCUUCAUCGUGGGCAUCAACCAGGUGUACGACGUCGAGAUCGACCGCGUCAACAAGCCCUUCCUCCCCGUCGCCGCCGGGGAGCUCUCCAAGGCCGCCGCGGCCGUCCUCUGCGUCGGCCUCGCGGCCGGAGGCAUUGCGCUGGCCUUCACCAACUUCGGCCCGUUCAUCGGCGGGCUGUACUCGUUCGGCCUCUUCCUCGGCACGAUCUACUCCGUGCCGCCGCUGCGCCUCAAGCGCUUCCCCGUCCCGGCCUUCGCGAUCAUCGCCACGGUCCGCGGGUUCCUCCUCAACUUUGGCGUGUACUACGCGACGCGCGCCGCCCUGGGACUGACCUUCGAGUGGGUCCCGGCGAUCAUGUUCAUCACGACGUUCGUGACCGUGUUCGCGACGGUGAUCGCGAUCACCAAGGACCUCCCGGACAUCGAGGGCGACAGGAAACACAAGAUCGAGACCUUCACCACGAAAUACGGAGCCAAGGCCAUCUCGCUCGGGGCCACCGCGCUCCUGGGGCUCAACUACGUCAUGGCCAUCGGCCUCGCCCUCACGCGGCCCGACGUGUUCAGGGCACCUGUGUUGGGGGCGUCACACGUGUUGCUGCUGUCGUAUCUGAUUCUGUCGAUGUACCGGCUGCAGAACAAGGGCUUCACGAAGCUGGCGAUGCAGAACUACUACAGGGCGAUCUGGAACCUGUUCUACGCUGAGUACGUGAUCUUCCCGUUCAUCUAA